AUGGGCACUCUCAUUGUGGUUGCUACCGCGGUGGUCUUUGUGGCCGAAAUGGUGUUGCAGGCGCGCCAGCUCGUCUAUCUGGGCGCGUCCCACACGGUGCCCCCUGAAUUGACACACAUGCUGGACUGUGUGGGGCUGCGCAAACAGAACCAGCUGGCGUGGGCCGAGCUGCGCAGCCAGUUCUACCUGGCACUGCUGCCGUUUGUGGAAAAAACGGCCAUUUUCGGCUUAGGUCUCUUGCCCUGGAUCAUCUGGGCGUCCGAGUUCAUCCAGGGCCGGCUCAGACUGCGAUUGAGCCAAAUCCACGCGCCCCAGACCCUCAUUACCAUGGCACUGAGCGACUGCGUCAACGCCUUUCUAGCCUCGGCCAUUUUCUACAUUCUCCAACGCAUCUCGCUACUGCUACAUGCCUACGAACGCGACGCAAACGUGCUCCAACUACACAUUACAAAAAUGGAAUACCUGUCCGAGUACACGUCCGAAACUCUGCAAAAGGGUGUCGUUCAAUGUCUCAUUGUGGGGUUCGCAGAGCUCGCAGUAUCGGCAUUGCCCUGGAAAAAGCCCCACAUGUCUCUCGUCUUCCUUGUCCCUCUGAUCUACACAGCUACACACAUGAUGGUGCUCAAAAUCCACCGCACAAGUCCGCCGCCCAAUGCAUAUCCGCUCAUGGAAUGCCAGUUACGGUCCAAGCUCGAAAAUGUGGCCCGUGACCUCAACUUCCCUAACCCAACACAGAUCUACGUCUACCACAAGGGAAAACCACGGAUUCACGUGGCAGGAUGGACCAAAAAAACCACCCAUAUUUAUAUCCACAAUCAUCUACUAACAAUGCACACACAUCCGGAAAUCUUGCUGUUUGUGGCCCAUGUGCUAGCAGGGCGACUCUUCCCCAUCAACACAGACACUUUCCCUCUGGGGUGGAUGGCACUAUCGGAAUACACAAGAGGUGUGUUGACGCUGCUUCUGUGUUGGAAUCCGUCCUUUCACACGUACCUGGGCUUGAAGAGGUGGCAACCUAUCUUGUUGGCUGUAUACAUCAUUCCCUGCAUUCACUACCCCAUCUACAAGGCGUGUCAGUACGCCAACAACUACUGGAAACGGUCUCAGACGUUUCAAAAGGACGCUGGACUUGUCUGUCUUGGCAAUGUACACUUGUCCUACUAUGGAUACACGCUUUCGUCGGCCUAUAAGCGCGUGUCUCCUCUGGAUGGAGACCCUCUUUGGUUGACCGAUCUUUCCGGUCGCUCCAAGCUGAAGGAGCGAUUGGAGGCAAUUGGCUGGGUUCCUCGGGGGCUAGCUGAGAAAGACACUGAGAAAGACACUGAGAAAGACAAGCGAAGGGCCUCUUGGUAG